GGUCUAUUCUUCUGAAACUCAAGACAAGUUAAGUUAUUAGAAUAAGCUUGUAUACUAUUAUUCAUUUUGUUGGUAUCUCAGUCCAGAGAUUAUUUCCUUUCUAUACUCUUAUCGGAAUUCAGACUUAAUUCACAUGAAUAUAUAAUAUUUCAUUACCAGAUUUUAUUGAUUGUUUGAAUUUAGUCCAAAAUAUCCCAUCACAUACUGGAUUGGGAUAGUUGACUAAUUAAAUUUCUCAUAAUUAAACUCAAUGGCCGUCUGAUCUGUCAAACGAAAUAUGAAAAAGCAUUCGAGAGUUCAUACUGGAGAAAAACCAUAUUCUUGUAGGAUAUGUGGAAAAGGUUUUGCGCGGUCCAGCAAUAUUUGAAUAUUCAUAUACAAAGUCAUACAGGAGAGAAGAUAUAUCCCUGCAAAAUAUGUGGCAGACAUUUCUUGCAAGCAGUUAGUAUGGAUCGGCAUAUCAAAGAAAUGCAUACUGGUAAAAGGCUAUGCUCUUGUGAGAUAUGUGGGAAAAGUUUUUUGAAAGCAGAUAAUCUGAAAAGUCAUAUGCGAAGGCAUACAGGGGAAAAACCAUAUUCCUGUAAAAUAUGCGGCAAAUGUUUUGUGGACAAAAGUGCUGUGAAUGCUCAUGUACGAAUUCAUACAGGAGAGAAGCCAUUUUCUUGUAAGAUAUGUGGCAAAUGUUUUUUACAAUUUAGCAGUUUGAAUAGACAUAUGCGAAUCCAUUCAGAUGAUAAACCAUACUCCUGUGAGAUAUGUGGCAAAUGUUUUUCAGACUCAAGUUAUUUAAACACACACAUGCGAAUCCAUUCAGGUGAUAAACCUUACUCCUGUGAGAUAUGUGGCAAAUGUUUUUCACAAUCAGGCCAUUUGAACGAACACAUGCGAAUCCAUACAAGUGAUAAGCCUUGUUCGUGUGAAAUAUGUGGCAAAUGUUUUGCACAAUCAAGGUUUUUGAACACACAUGUGCGAAUCCAUUCAAGUGAUAAUCCUUAUUCCUGUGAAAUAUGUGGUAAAUGCUUCACAUGUUCCAGUAGUCUGAAUGUGCAUAGAAGAAUUCAUACAGGAGAGAAGCCAUAUUCUUGCGAAAUAUGUGGCAAAUGUUUUUUACGAUCACAUGAUUUGAACAGACACAUACGAAUCCAUGCAGGUGAUAAACCAUACUCAUGUGAGGUAUGUGGCAAAUGUUUUUCACAAUCAAGUCAUUUUAACACGCACAUGCGAAUCCAUGCAAGUGAAAAGCAGUACUCAUGUGAGAUAUGUGGCAAAUGUUUUUCACGAUCUUGGAACUUGAAUAGACAUAUGAAAAUUCAUAAUAAGAAAAACAUUACGAUUGAGAAACAUGUGGAGAGUGUUCCAUGAAAAAAAUGUAAUGGAAGUCGAUGUGUGAUAUAAACAGUUGGAAAAACUUGUGCCGAAUGAAAUGGUGUGUGACAUGGCAAGACAUGAAUAAAUUCUAGAAUCUAGAGCAGGGCCGUACAACUCUUGGCCCGCGGGCCACUUUGAGAAUCUUUUUCUAUUUUAUCACCUGGUCUUUUAUUCAAAUGUAGCCCCAACCAAAUAAUCAAACAUGCCGGGGACAUAAGCAAUAAUUGCCAAUGCUGAAAUCCUUGAUGUUACGGCGAUGAGGCAAAAUAUUGAUGAGUUGACAACUUUGGAUUGCUUUGGCGCCUAAAGAAUGUACGGUAACAGACAUGGAACAAGCAAUUCAGGAUCCCGAGUAAAGGUGAAUGGUUAAUAUCGCCGUCCGGUAGAGAUAGAGUUCCGCCUUCUGCCAUUCAUCGGAUUAUGAUAAAUACAGAGACAAGAUAAUUAACAAAAGUUCUUCAAGGACAACAAAAUGUUUUCUCGAAACUUUUUAGGCAUCAGGAGUCAGUUGUGAAAGCGAGACACUUGGUGGCAGAAAUAAUCGCAAAACAAUCGAACCAUUCUCAGAUGGAGAAUUCAUUAAGGAAUGCAUUGUUCGGGUUGUCAAUGUUAUAUGUCCGGAAAUGAAACUUUUGGGAAUCACCACUGAUGGCGCUCCAUCAAUUUUUGGGAGACUGCAGGGUCUAGUAAACUCUAUCCAAAUUGGAGCAAGUAAAGUCGGAAAUGACACUACUAUGCAGUUCCAAUGCAUAAUACACCAAGAGAAUCUUUGUGCCAAGUCACUGAGAAUGCCAAAUGUCAUGUCAGUUGUCACUAAAACGGUUACCUCCUAAGGGCUGCGUCACAGAUAGUUUCAAGAAUUACUGCACAGCAUGGAUGCAGACUUUGAUGACAUUCCAUACACCAAGGUCCGAUGGUUAUGCCGCGGCAAAGUGCUGAAAUGGGUGUUUGAACUCGAGGGUGCAAUACAAACUUUUAUGGAAAGCAAGGGUACUCGUAUUGUUGAAUUCAAUAACAAGAAAUGGAUAGAAGAUUUUGCAUUUAUGGUGGAUAUAACUACCCAUCUAAACGAAUUAAAUUCCCGCCUGCAAUAAAGAGGCCAACUGAUCAAUCCGUAUUUGGUCAUGUCAACGACUAUGCGAAACGCAAAUAAACAACAACUACUUUGUUCAUUUCCCUACUCUUCAGACUCUUCCAGUUCAAAACAGUCGGAAAUAUACAAAACUAAUAACGGAAUUAAAGGAAGAUUUCAAACUCAGAUUUGCCGACUUUGAAAAGACUGUCGUGUAUUUCAAGCUGUUUUCCUGCCCUUUUUCAGAAGAUAGAUGAGUUACCUGAAAACCUACAAAUGGAGUGCAUUGAAACUGAUUUAAAGGAGAAGUUUAAUGAGGACUUGCCAUUACUAGAAUUUUACCGAAAAUGCGACUCUAAUGAAAAAUUUCAGAGGAUUCACAGAAUGGAAGCAGCACUUACUUGUGCGAGCAAGAUGAACCCUUCGCAUUGCUACAUCGCAGAUAAACUUUUUAGCGAAAAGCAGUGCCAAACUUCACACUAAAAUAUCAACGUGUAAAGAAGACUUUGUUGACUUUACUGUAUCUUUGUUUUUUUAUUGUUAUUAUUAAAGUUUUGUGCGAGGA